AAGGUUGAUGGGUUUCCCACUCGACAAGGGGGAGAUGUAUUCGUCAGAGACUAUUUACUGGCCUUAUCCCGUUCUUUUGCAUAACUCCGGAGAAAGGGUCUCCUGGCUCAGACUCCGCCGCUCGACUUCCUCUGGCAUAAGGUGGAGCCCGGAGAUUGGGUACUUGUAAAGACCUGGAAGGCCGAAAAGCUCCAGCCACAGUGGGAAGGACCUAUCCUGGUCCUGUUAACAACUGAAGCCGCUGUUCGGACGAAAGAAAAAGGGUGGGCCCACGCAUCGAGGAUAAAGGGGCCUAUUCCGCCAGAAGGAGGGAGCACUUAGACAUGCGGGCCAGGGGACAAGCCGUUGGUGAUAAAGCUAAAAAGACAGCGAUAAUGAACUCUACCUGGACUGUAUUGGUGGGGAUAUUGAUCGGUUUACUCCUGCAUGUGGGAGAGGGCGAGGGGAGAUGUGACAAAUGUCGGACUACGGUGAGGCUUGGGAGUCAGAUCUUCUCGGGGUCAUUUAUGUCUCACUCCCAUGUGAACGAUUGGUGUUACGAUGUGAAUGCACGGCAAGAAUGUUGGGAGGGUGGAAAACACUAUUAUCAGGUGUAUAAUAAAGGGUACGGUGGCAAAGCCAAUGGAUGCCCUAACAAUGACCGCUGGGUGUGUGUUAACAAAGCUGGGCAGUGGGGCCUACCCUCCGUGUUGCUCAAAGAACAUGUGGACAGAGUCAGGGAGACAUUAGUACAGAACAUUAAACGGAAGUUAGAGAAAGAGCGCGACCGUCAAAGGACGGUCGUUGUCUCCAAGGUGCCAUCUAUAUACAAGGAGGUAGAAGAAAAGAUCAAACUCCCCGAUUUAACACAGAACCUGUUUAUUGAUCUUACGUCGAGGAUAGCCACCGUGUUAAAUAUUAGCAAUUGCUGGGUUUGUGGGGGGCAACAUAUGACUGAACAAUGGCCGUGGUCUGGUCAAAGCUUAGAUAUAUGGGAGUUGCUUCAGUAUAAUUGGACACAUGUCAAUGAAAGGAAAGGGCAGGUGUGGAGACUGACUAACAGCCCGGAAAGCCAGUUGUGUGUUGAAGGGAAAGGGAAGGUUGAGGUGGGUAUCAGCCCCUGUCAGAGUGUGUUGAAUGCAACCACACAAGUCUGGUGGCCUGAGGAUAUCACAUGGUACAUUGCGAAACAGGAGAACCGCAAUUGUGUGAGGCUGGGUGAUGACUCUCGGUUUUGGAAUUGUAGCGGCUCCGGCCCUUAUGAGGGCAUCCCUGGGAUAAAGGAGGUGUGGAACGAGGUUGCAAAACAGGGGGGCCCUGCCCCAGAUGGCCUAUUCUGGAUAUGUGAAAAAUAUUUCCCAACUCCAGGCAGUGGCGGUACCCCAACAUGGAACGCAGGAACUUAAGGUGCUGUGGCUGCGAAAGACCAAGGAUUUCCCGGGCCCUUGAUGGGAGGAGGCUUAUCUUUGUCAUGCACAUCUUAAAAAAAAGGGUGGAAUUGUGAGAGACGAUUUCGGUACAAACAAUUGAGAUGUGCAUGACCCCAGAAUCUACGGGGAAUAGAGCCAUAGGGGUAGGGUAAAACAUGCUUCUCUAUAAUAAAGGACGAGACAUCUGCUGCUACGG